GACUGACACAGGGCUCCUGGCAUUGCCCCAUACGCAGCAGUUUGUGCCCAGACUAAAGGGUUUGCUGAAGCCUUGGGAAUCACUGAGGGGCAUUAGGUGGGUGCCAGUGGGGCAAACCGACGGGACUGGCAGCGGAGGGGCAAACCGACGGGACUGGCAGCGGAGGGACAAACCAAUGAGACUGGCAGCGGAGGGGCAAACCAAUGAGACUGGCAGCGGAGGGACAAACCGACGGGACUGGCAGCGGAGGGGCAAACCAAUGAGACUGGCAGCGGAGGGGCAAACCAAUGAGACUGGCAGCGGAGGGGCAAACCAAUGAGACUGGCAGCGGAGGGGCAAACCAAUGAGACUGGCAGCGGAGGGGCACACAUUACUGAGUGGAUUAAUGCAGGUCAGUACCAUCUCUGCCGGGCAGGGGUGCCAGUCUGUUCCCGUGGCUCUGAGGCCCUGAUACCCCGGCUGUGAGCGGUGCCAAUGAGCUGCCCCCCGGGCAGGGAGGGGGUGAGAUGGAGCCCAAUGCCCCCGAGUGCCCCAUCUGCUUUGUGCCCUAUGACAAUGCCUUUAAGACCCCCCUGCUGCUGCCCUGUGCCCACACCUUCUGCCUCGAGUGCCUCUCCAAGCUCUGCGUCUUCCAGAGGGAGUCCGACACCUUCUUCUGCCCCCUGUGUAGGGCGCCCAUCACCAUCCCCCCGGGGGGGGUCCCCAAACUGCCCCCCAACAUGAGCCUGGUCUCCCACUUCCCCCCAUGGAUGAGGCAACUCCAGGAAGUCUGGCUGGAAGGGUCCAAGCUCUGCUGGAGAAAGGGGGGCUCCUAUGUCACCGCCACCCCCAACUCUGUCUCGCAGUUCCCAUUGGGCCCCCAGGAGAACAUGAUUGUCACCAUCUACUUACUGGGCCCCGCGGCCCCCCACUUCUCCCACCCGGGGGACCUAGUGACCAUCCCACAGCCCCCCCCCCACCGGCGCUGCGGCUUCUUCCUCAGGAACUACGGCUGCGUCCUAUGGGUCUUCAUCUGCUGCAUCAUCCUCCUCUUCAUCAUGAUCUUCUUCCCAACCUACAUGCGCUUCUGAGCUCCCCCUGGGGAGGCGCCAUUUGUAUGAGGCGCAGUGACGGGGCCACCGGGGACAAUUGGACUUUGCCCGGACUCAGUAUUUAUAUCAUGUGGCCCCGGGGCCCCUCAGGCCUUACUGUGGGAUAGAAACUACUGAUAAAGUGACAGUCUCCAUCUCGCCCUACUGUCCCCAUCUUGCCCUACUGUCUCCAUC